GUUGUACUUCCGUUUUAGACGAAAGCAGUCGAGAAAGGAGUUCGGAGUAAUAAAAAGGCAAGUGGGCUGAAAAUGGAUUCAUCAAUGAAGAAGCGACUUUUUGAGUAAAUUACGGAAAGUGGGAUACGAACACGGCUACAAUAUAGCAAUGGAGGGAGUUACGAAAAUUUUUAAUUAUCUGAAAAGUCCCGAACUUGUUGCAGAGUUUCAAAAACGAUGUGGUGUAGAUUUCUCUGAUACUGAUACGGCAAAUGAAAACAAAAAAAUAGAAAACGGUACACAGCAAAGCCAGUCAGAUUCUGUUCGUCUUAGGAAUGGAUUCAGUAAAGCGAACGGAGAGGCUGGAGUUUCAGAUGUUCUGAAGUCAAAUGGCUAUGUGAAGAAUGGAUAUACUGUUGACGAGGUUAUUCAUUGUCAAGAGAAAAAUGGCUCGGUUUCUCCUAAUCAGGCCCACGGGAAAGAAAAAAAUGAAGAAGAGGAUUUAGGAAAGUCAUCGUUUAAGAUUACUAACAAACUGUAUUUCAUCCUUUUUCAUUUCGGCGCAAGUCUUGGAAAUGAGAUUUUCUAUUUAAUUUUUUUUCCAUUCGUACAUUGGAAUUUUGAUGGAACUCUGAUGCGACAGAUGGCCUUUAUUUGGCAUGUUGCAAUGUGGGCAGGGCAGGCGUUAAAAGACAUUAUAUGUUGGCCUCGCCCAGCUUCUCCCCCAGUGAUUAAGUUAGAGAGCCGCUAUAGCUUAGAAUAUGGAAUGCCUUCUACACAUGCGACUGUUGGAACAGUUAUACCAUUCAGUCUUCUUAUCCUCUUGCAUAGAUACUAUGAGAUACCCCUAGUAUUUGGAUUUGUGUGUGCCACAUUAUGGAUGUCUCUGGUGUGUUGCAGCAGAAUAUAUCUAGGAAUGCACACAGUUCUGGAUGUGUUAGCAGGGGUGGCUUUUGGAUGCCUGAUCAUCCCAUCAGUCCUCCCUUGGGUUCAUGACUUGGACCUUCUAAUUGUGACCCACCCACUUGGCCCACUUGUCUUUGUAGGGUGUUACUUCUUAUUCUGCUGGGUCUACCCCAAACAGAAGAUCUGGAAUACUGCUAGAGCUGACACAGCUAAUGUGCAUGGCAUUUGUGGAGGUGUGACAUCUGGAUACUGGCUUUUCUACCAGCUAGGCUGGCUCACCAAAUCCAGACAGAUCCAGCCCUAUCCGAUACCACCCCUCACCUGGAACUGGGUCUAUCUCAGUUUACUGAGAACUGUUAUAGGAGUAUUAAUCCUAGCUGCCAUACGAGCCAUUGUGAAACCUAUGGCUAUUCAUUUUCUGUGCAGGCUAUACAAAAUUGACAAGAAGGAUAUACAGGCCCAGAGAAGAGAAGGUUCGGAGGUGCCACAGAAAUUCAUUACGUACUACUUGGUGUCAAUAGGUGCCACUUUCCUGGUACCCCUGCUCUGCUCUUAUCUCGGCAUAAUGAGAGAUAGCUUUUAUCAUGAAUUGUAUUGAUAUUCACCUACACUUAGGAACCUUUUUUUCUGUAUAGAUUAUUGUUUUAUUGAUUUCCAGUAAUUUAUGUCCUGCGUGUCUUAUUUAUACAGAAUUCAUUUAUCUAGAGCCUUUUUUUUUUGAAAAAGAGAUCUAUCUCAACUUGUUUUCCCAUUUGCUGAUAAUGUGCAAUUGCUAGACAAAGUAAUUAGAAACACUUUCACAUUUUGGUUUAUACCAGAUUUGAUCAGUAUUAUUUAGAGGGAAAAGAUAAAUAACCAACAAAAGUUAAACGAAAAACCCUUUCUAUAUUGUAUACAAGUAUUUGUAACAAUACAUUGUAUUCAAUUAUUACCUGGUAUGUUUGAGAAUAGAAUCAUUGCAAAUAUUUAAAGGGGGCAUUGAUAAACUGAAAUUUUUCUUUUAUCUGUCAUGAAAUAAUUUUAACUGUUAACUAGGGUAAGUCAUUAUUUACAUGCAAGUUCGUAGAUAAUAAAAAAACGAAAGAAAUGUCAAGUAUUGUUAGAUUGUACAUGAUCUGAUGACAAUGUGGACUUUAUACCAUGAGACCAUACAUGUGGGGGGAAACGGCUGAUUGUUAUACCGGAGGGCAAGUAGUGUUCAAAUAUUUUGUUUGUCUAGUAACUAGUGCAAGUUCAUUGAUAGAGAGGUCAUUAGUGCAAAACCCUACUGCUGUAUCCGUACGCAUGUACUAUAUCUCUCCGAACUAGUGCCCUAUAUAGAUACACUUUGUCACAAGACUGUAUGAUGUUAU